AAAGAGUGGUUCAUUUUUCUUCCCAUAUUAAUUUUUAUUAAUAAAAACAAUUAAAGACGACGGUCUCUAGAUGUCUUUGUUGCUGUCUUCAAUUCAAAUAAUUGGAUUUAUAUUUCAUUUGAUUGAAUCGCCUUUUGUUGAUAAAAUGUUCUUAUCCAUUCAUCUGCGUUUCAACACAGUGUUAUUAAAUAAGACAAAUCAGCACGAAGACUCAGUAUUAUAAUCACCGCUAGGUGGUGUUACAUAUCUCUGGAAAGUAAAACAUGUAGUCUUUACUGACCCCUGCUGGCCGUAUAAAAAACAAGCUCAUAAAUUGCUGCUGCACUAUUUUCAUUUCCGUGUGCCGAUAGAGAGAUGUGAAGGUAAAAACAGAAAUAUCCACACUAAGUGUAAGUAUACAGCUUUCACACAUUUAAAUAAUAGUUGAAAUUACACGCAAUAAUCAGUACACCGUGAUACAGAUCAAACAGUGGAUCACACUUCAUCAAAAUCACCAUGUCAAGAAUGGACUGUAGACCUCGAGAGAGAGGAACAAGAGGAAGAGGAGGCCGAGGACACCGAUGGGAAGAGAGCAGGGAUGUGAGGUUGUCUAAAUCUCUGUCUUAUGUGUUACGUCAUGGUGCCAGUAAGAUGGGCCUUCAGAUGCACUCGGAUGGCUUUGUGUAUGUGGAGGACCUUCUAGCUCAUCAGCAGUUCCGCUCAUUUUCAUUGGAGGACGUGCAGCGAGUGGUGGCCAGCAAUGACAAGCAGCGAUUCAAGCUUCAAGCACACCCCGAUGACGGACGUAUUCAGAUACGAGCCAAUCAGGGUCACUCUGUGCAGGUGGCAGAUCUGGAGUUGAAACAGGUGGCACCUGAUGAUCCGAACUGUCCAAAAGAGGCUGUGCACGGCACGUACAUGAAACACUGGCCCUCUAUACAGAGCCAGGGUCUCAGCCGAAUGAACAGAACGCACAUACACCUGGCAUCUGGGCUACCUGGAGAGGGCGGAGUCAUCAGCGGUAUGAGACAGAACUGUGAUUUGGCUGUGUACAUUAAUGUCCCAAAAGCUAUGGCAGAUGGGAUUUGGUUCUUCUGGUCAGAGAAUGGGGUUUUGUUGAGUCCUGGAGAUGCUGGAGGGAUGUUAGCGCCCUGCUACUUCUCUAGGGCACAAAAACUCAAACCCACAGUCUGUGAAAUUGAGCUGGAUUAGCUUUUGGAGAGGAUUUCUGUCUGACAUUACUACUAAAAUAUGGACACGUGCAGAUCUACUUGACAUGAAGGCGUGAAACGUAGUGGGAAUCUUUUUAUACAUAUAUCUCUAUUUUAACAUUUAUACAGCAGGACUGCAUAUAAAGUUGACUUCACCCCUGGAGCUUCUUGAUAAACCAGAGAUCUUGGAGACAUGGGACAACAUGCCUUAUUAAACGCUGGUCAAUGAAACUGAACUGAACUUCAUGUUGUUUUUUAUAUAGGGAAAUUAUGAUUAUGAGGUCAUCAAGUUGUCUGAUGUUUUGUACACAAAUCGCAGAGUGACCUCCUAAACCUGUUUUAUUUGUAGGGCAGUUUCUGCCCACUGCAUAUUUGUCAAAAAAUAGAGUAUCUUAAUCCAUCGGAGAGCUGAAGAUAGAGCGCUCCGUCUCAUGUUUCUACUGGGGGAUUUUCAGCAAGCAUGUUUAUGCACAGUGGACCAGACGAGAACAAAUAACAUCCAGUGGUCUUAUUUUUAUUGCAUUUUGUUUAAAUGUUUAGAUAUUUUUUGAAGUGAAAUUUUGUCUACUUAAGUCACACACAGUCUGUAGAAGUGCCCCACAUUUACAUUAAAAUGAAUGUAGUAUUUAACCUCACUUUAAGGGAGCGUCUAUAAAUUAUUGAAAAAUGUCAGAUGAGAAAUUAUUUCAAAAAGCAUCUGAUGCAAAUUCUGGUUUAAAUGUAUUUUACAUGUGUGGCCAUGUGUCACAUUUCCAUGAGGUCUAAGGAAUUUCGUCUUAACAGUCCACCAGCUGAUCAUAGACCUAUUCUUGGAAGUAUUGUCAAACUACUGUAGCUGUUUUGUGUUUGGAUUUGUGUGAGCAUUAAGUCCCUGCAUUGCAGAGAGUGUCAGCAUUCUUUCCCUAUAAGAUGAUAGACUAGUUUGUAACCACAUGAAAUGAAUCACUUUGAUGCUCUGAACAAAGGAUGGUCGACAUACAGUAUGGGAAGAAGAGAGAUUAAUGUUCAGUUCUGUUCACUAGAACAAAUCGAAGAUCAACAGCAUGUGUUUAGUGCAUAUUUGACUUUAGUCAUAAAUAAUUUUCGGCUCACAGCAUGUAGUUUGCUUCAAGAGCUGCUGUUGCACGUGGUAUUUAAUAAUCUGAUAAAGCAUGACAAUUCAGUACUAAUGUAAAGACAUUCAUGCUGUUGUACACUUCAAGCUGUCAUUUAGUGUUCUCUGCAUCUCUAGGCAUCCUCUCAAAGCAAGUUUCCCCAGAUAGCAGGGGUCUAAAUUUAGUGAGGCCCUAUGACUCUCUUGGCCUAAAGUGUCAGAUUCCAUUUCCAGCGUCCGUCUCUGCUAGUGCAGCACCUGCUGCUAGCUGUAAUACCCUAUUAAGCUCGGCAGAGUCGUUUACCUAUGCCCAAGCAUGAUUAAAAAAGCUUCAGGUCGGGUUCAAUGAAUAUGUUCUGUGUCUCUUUUUUAACAAGUGGUGUCCAUUAAUCUUUGAAAUAGACAGGCUCUGUGGUAACGCUAAAGGAGUCGGGGUGUUUAUCUUUUCUUUUUUUUUUG